GGGUUUCGCCAUAUUGCCCAGGCUGGUCUCGAACUCCUGGGCUCAAGCGAUCCACCCACCUCAGCCUCCCAAAGUGCUGGGAUUACAGGCGUGAGCCACACACCCGGCCCCAAAGCUUUUUGUGAGAUUAUAUAUUUUACCUGCGAAAUGUAUGGGUCAGAAAGAUUUGAGAAAGUUGUUAGAUAAUUCCACCAACAAAAUCUCCCGUCCUUUCCAGCUGUGAUGGUGAAUUCUAAAGUAGAAUUCAUCUUUGGAGCUUCUCCCUGUAGGCAUGCACCUUGCGUUGCACCAGCAAGAUGUUGCGCGGAGUCCUCCAGGCCUCUAGAAGGCAGAGAUGGUCUCGUUUCCUUGCCGAGCAUGCGCCUUAGUUCUCUCCUUUGGGGCUGUGAACGUGGGGUCGAAGCGCGCGUGCGCGGCGGCGGCGGCUGGCGGCGGCGGCUGGCGGCGGCGGCUGGCGGCGGCGGCUGGCGGCGGCGGCGGCGGCGGCGGCGGCGGGGCGGGGCCUGGGCUGUCAGCCGGCCUAGGAGGAGGAAGGAGCCUGCAGCGUGCAGUGUGAGGGGCGGGACCCGGCUGCCGGCGGUUGGUCUAGCUGGGGGAGGUCGGGCCAUGCUGGUGGGCCAGGGCGCGGGGCCGCUGGGGCCCGCGGUGGUCACCGCCGCGGUGGUGCUGCUGCUGAGCGGCGUGGGGCCGGCGCACGGCUCGGAGGACAUCGUGGUGGGCUGCGGUAGCUUCGUCAAGUCGGACGUGGAGAUCAACUACUCGCUCAUCGAGAUAAAGCUGUACACCAAGCAUGGGACUUUGAAAUACCAGACAGACUGUGCCCCUAAUAAUGGUUACUUUAUGAUCCCUUUGUAUGAUAAGGGGGAUUUCAUUCUGAAGAUUGAGCCUCCCCUGGGGUGGAGUUUUGAGCCGACGACCGUGGAACUCCAUGUGGAUGGAGUCAGUGACAUCUGCACAAAGGGCGGAGACAUCAACUUUGUCUUCACUGGGUUCUCUGUGAAUGGCAAGGUCCUCAGCAAAGGGCAGCCCCUGGGUCCUGCGGGAGUUCAGGUGUCUCUGAGAAACACUGGGACCGAAGCAAAGAUCCAGUCCACAGUUACACGGCCUGGCGGAAAGUUUGCAUUUUUUAAAGUUCUGCCUGGAGAUUAUGAAAUCCUCGCAACUCAUCCAACCUGGGCGUUGAAAGAGGCAAGCACCACAGUGCGUGUAACCAACUCCAAUGCCAAUGCGGCCAGUCCCCUCAUAGUUGCUGGCUACAAUGUGUCUGGCUCUGUCCGAAGUGAUGGGGAGCCCAUGAAAGGGGUGAAGUUUCUUCUCUUUUCUUCUUUAGUAACUAAAGAGGAUGUCCUGGGCUGCAAUGUCUCACCAGUGCCUGGGUUCCAGCCCCAAGACAAGAGUCUGGUGUAUUUGUGCUACACGGUCUCCAGAGAAGAUGGCUCGUUCUCUUUCUAUUCCUUGCCAAGUGGGGGCUACACUGUGAUUCCGUUCUAUCGAGGGGAGAGGAUUACCUUUGAUGUGGCGCCUUCCAGACUUGACUUCACAGUGGAGCAUGACAGCUUGAAAAUCGAGCCCGUGUUCCACGUCAUGGGAUUCUCCGUCACCGGGAGGGUCUUGAACGGACCCGAAGGAGAUGGUGUUCCAGAAGCAGUAGUCACCCUGAAUAACCAAAUCAAAGUUAAAACAAAAGCUGAUGGCUCAUUCCGCCUUGAGAACAUAACCACAGGGACAUACACCAUCCAUGCUCAGAAAGAGCACCUCUACUUUGAAACGGUCACCAUCAAAAUUGCACCGAACACACCUCAGCUGGCUGACAUUAUUGCAACAGGGUUCAGUGUCUGUGGUCAGAUAUCAAUCAUUCGCUUCCCCGACACCGUCAAGCAGAUGAAUAAAUACAAAGUUGUCCUGUCAUCUCAAGACAAGGACAAGUCUUUGGUCACCGUGGAGACAGAUGCUCAUGGAUCAUUUUGUUUUAAAGCAAAACCAGGGACUUACAAAGUGCAGGUGAUGGUUCCUGAGGCAGAAACCAGAGCAGGGCUGACGUUGAAACCCCAGACAUUUCCUCUUACUGUGACCGACAGGCCGGUGAUGGAUGUGGCCUUUGUACAGUUCUUGGCAUCAGUUUCUGGGAAAGUCUCUUGUUUGGACACCUGCGGUGACUUGCUGGUGACUCUACAGUCCCUGAGCUGCCAGGGUGAGAAGCGGAGCCUCCAGCUCUCCGGCAAGGUCAACGCCAUGACUUUCACCUUUGACAACGUGCUCCCUGGAAAAUACAAAAUAAGCAUCAUGCAUGAGGAUUGGUGCUGGAAGAACAAGAGCCUGGAGGUGGAAGUGCUGGAGGAUGAGGUGUCUGCAGUUGAGUUCAGGCAGACGGGCUACAUGCUGAGAUGUUCCCUGUCUCACGCCAUCACUCUGGGGCCCAGCAGGGAGCUCGUAUGCCGCUCGUGCCUGAAGCAGACGCUGCACAAGCUGGAGGCCAUGAUGCGCAUCCUGCAGGCAGAGACCACCGCGGGCACCGUGAUGCCCACCGCCAUCGGAGACAGCAUCCUCAACAUCACAGGCCGCUACCUGUCUGAGGAAUCCGAGCCCUACCUGGCAGUCUAUCUGCACUCGGAGCCCCGGCCCAAUGAGCACAACUGCUCGGCUAGCAGGAGGAUCCACCCAGAGUCACUCCAGGGUGCCGACCGCCGGCCCUACACCUUCUUCAUUUCCCCGGGGAGCAGAGACCCAGCGGGGAGUUACCAUCUGAACCUCUCCAGCCACUUCCGCUGGUCGGCACUGGAGGUGUCCGUGGGCCUGUACACGUCCCUGUGCCAGUACUUCAGCGAGGAGGACAUGGUGUGGCGGACAGAGGGGCUGCUGCCCCUGGAGGAGACCUCGCCCCGCCAGGCCGUCUGCCUCACCCGCCACCUCACCGCCUUCGGCGCCAGCCUCUUCGUGCCCCCAAGCCAUGUCCGCUUUGUCUUUCCUGAGCCGACAGCGGAUGUAAACUACAUCGUCAUGCUGACAUGUGCUGUGUGCCUGGUGACCUACAUGGUCAUGGCCGCCAUCCUGCACAAGCUGGACCAGUUGGAUGCCAGCUGGGGCCGCGCCAUCCCCUUCUGUGGGCAGCGGGGCCGCUUCAAGUACGAGAUCCUCGUCAAGACAGGCUGGGGCCGGGGCUCAGGUACCACGGCCCACGUGGGCAUCAUGCUGUAUGGGGUUGACAGCCGGAGCAGCCACUGGCACCUGGACGGCAACAGAGCCUUCCACCGCAACAGCCUGGACAUCUUCCGGAUCGACCCGCACAGCCUGGGUAGCGUGUGGAAGAUCCGAGUGUGGCACGACAACAAAGGGCUCAGCCCUGCCUGGUUCCUGCAGCACAUCAUCGUCAGGGACCUGCAGACGGCACACAGCACCUUCUUCCUGAUCAAUGACUGGCUUUCGGUGGAGACGGAGGCCAACGGGGGCCUGGUGGAGAAGGAGAUGCUGGCCGCGAGCGACGCAGCCCUGUUGCGCUUCCGGCGCCUGCUGGUGGCUGAGCUGCAGCGCGGCUUCUUUGACAAGCAUCUCUCCAUAUGGGACCGGCUGCCUCGUAGCUGUUUCACUCGCAUCCAGAGGGCCACCUGCUGCGUUCUUCUCAUCUGCCUCUUCCUGGGCGCCAACGCCGUGUGGUACGGGGCUGUUGGUGACUCUGCCUACAGCACGGGGCGUGUGUCCAGGCUGAGCCCGCUGAGCGUCGACACAGUCGCUGUUGGCCUGGUGUCCAGCGUGGUUGUCUAUCCCGUCUACCUGGCCAUCCUCUUUCUCUUCUGGAUGUCCCGGAGCAAGGUGGCUGGGAGCCCGAGCCCCACACCUGCCGGGCAGCGGGUGCUGGACAUUGAAAGCUGCCUGGACUCGUCCAUGCUGGACAGCUCCUUCCUCACGUUCUAAGGCCUCCACGCUGAGGUGAGGGCUCUACUGGGGGUCCUGGGCUGGCUGGGGGUCCUGCCGCCUCGGCGCAGCUUGGACUCAAGACACUGUGCACCUCUUAGCAGGCCUUUGCUGGACAGAUGAAGAGUGACUUGUUUCUGGAUGAUUCUAAGAGGUUAUCAAUACUCUGGCUGACCUUCGUCAUCGUGGGACUGACUUUGGUGGAAGUCUUUGGUUACUUAUCAUUACUGUGUUUCUGAGAAGUUAUAAAUUUGCCAUCUCCCUCCGCACAAGUUACCUUUCU